UUGAAAAAGCUCAUCAUGGCAACUUUCUCAGGAUCUCAAGGAUUGCCUCUACUACUUGAUAAAUCACACCUGAAUGAGGUUUUCUUGCUUUUAAGGAAGUGUCAGUUUCCUGACAGGAGGGGGUUUGAACUGGGACUGGCUUUAGGCUUGUCAAAGAAUACACUGGACACCAUCAAAGCUAAUAAUCCACAGGAUGUCAAUCAAUGCUUAAUAGAAUGUCUCUCUAAGUGGCUGGAAAGAGCUGAUGAUGUGAGCAGUAAAGGAGGAACUACCUAUGUCUCAUUGUCAACUGCCAUUAGAGAUAUUAAUGAGAUUGCAGUAGCUGAAAAUAUAGAAAAAGAGAAGUGUCCUGAAAUUCUCGCUGUUCAUAUUUUCAAUAAGCACCUUCCCCUCCUCUCCAAGUCUCUCUCUGAUCCUGUUAAUGUUGCUAGGUUGCUUUAUGGAGAGCGUGUAAUAACACAGGAAAAGUUAAAUAGUGUUGAAGAUGAUGCUCUAACUCAUAUUUCUAAUAAACGACAAGUCCUGCUAACUGCUGUCAAAGAUGCUAUUCAAGCUGAUCAUGUUGCUCUACAAAAGUUCUCUAUUGUUUUGUGUCACCUAACACAUAAUGUCAAACUAGGAGAAAAUAUCCUUACAGACUAUGGAAUAUAUUUUCCUAGCAAUAAAGAGACCGUAAUCAUCAAAGUUCAAGAAGCUCUUUCAAGUACUGAAUCAAGUGAUACAGUCUCACAUACACCCAAAACUGUUGAAGUUGCUAUUCACAGAAGCAUGAGUGAAGAAUUCACCACUCUUAGAUCAUCAUAUGCCAAAAUGUCAUACAAUGUUCGAAAGGCUAUCAGAGAUGCAAACAUUGACCUGGAAGAUUUGAAAGACUUUAUCACUAGCAUGGACAAUAAACUGGAAAAGAAAUUAGAAGAAUGUCAAAAUAUUUCAAGCACCUUACGUCUCAUCGAUAAAGAAUGUUCAUUGAUUGAUAUUGAACUUUUUUGUGCAGUGAUAGAAAAUUUUCAAAUUGAUGCAGCAAAUAAGCACAUCAAAGAAUAUCGUGACAUGUCAAAGAAAUAUUUUCAGUCCAGUCCCAUUGCUGACUACCUUAAAGAAAAGCUUGAAGCUUCAGCAACUUGCCCUGCUCUUCAGUGUGAAACAGUGACCUACAUUUUUGACUGGGAACCUGACGAGACAAAGCUAGUUGAUAUCAAAGAUAUACUUUCCAAGACAUCCGGUAAACUAGUGAAGAUAAAGUUUGCUGACACAGGCAAUUCCAUUAGCAUCACUUGCUCCUUUCCGUAUCAUCUCACUGGAGUCCUCAUUACACAGCUGAUGGAUAAUUUGCAGUUUUUGAAAAAGAAUGAUUUGAAAAAGCUCACCAUUGGAUACUGGAUAAUGUGGGAAAGAGAAGGAAAGGAAGAAAAAGAGACAGAGCAAUUGCUGGAAGAGAAAGAGGCUAAAAUAAGCCUAAAGGAGGAACAUCAAAAGGAAGACGGUCUUGAAAAAAAGGACAAUGAUGAAGAACAACAAGCAGAAGCAGAAAAACAAUUAUUAUUAAAACGUGAUGGUAGUGCACAUGCAGACUUAAAAAAAGGCAUGGCUAUGGAAAUAGAAAAAUUGCAACUUCUUCUCAAAGCAAAAGAAACUGAGAGUAAGAAAGAAAUAGAAAUGUUACAAGAGAAGAUAUCUUUAUUGAGUAUUCAACUUCUUGAUGAAGAAAAGGAAACUGAAGGAUUGACAGAGGACAUUAAAUUAUUAAAACAACAAACACAGCAACUUCAACAAGCUCAGCAGCAGCUUCAAUCAAGAGAGAAAGAAUCUCAAGAAAGAGAGCGACAGCUUCAAAGGCAAGUAGAAGGUGGCCAGCAAAGAGAACAGGAUCUUCAACGACAGCUUCAAGAAAGAGAGCAACAGCUUGAGGAAAGAGAGAGAGAGUUCCAAGAAAGAGAGAGACAACUUCAAGAGCAGAUACAAGAGGCAGAGUCUUCCUGGGUAGUGAAUAGAAGAGAGAUUACAAUGACAGAGGUAGUCCUUGGUAAAGGAGGAUGGGGAGAGGUCAAAGUGGCUGGGUUUCGUGGUCUGAAGGUUGCUGCAAAGUGUCUCUACGAAGUCAUCAUCUCUCCUUAUAACAUUGGGCUAUUCUCCCGUGAAAUGAAAAUUGCUUCUAAAAUACGUCAUCCUAACCUCCUUCAGUUCAUAGGAGCGACUACAGAGGGUAAUCCAAUCAUCCUGACAGAGCUAAUGCCAACCAGCCUAAGAAAGGAAUUAGAGAGUGGAGAACUGGCCUAUCCAGCCAUACUGAGCAUCAGUUUAGAUGUAGCCUGUGCUCUCAAUUACCUUCAUCUCUUCAAGCCUCAUCCUAUACUACAUAGAGAUGUCAGCAGUCCUAAUGUACUCCUUCAAACAACAGGAGGAAUAUGGAGGGCCAAAGUAUCAGAUUACGGAUCAGCUAAUCUUCAUCCUCUCAUUGAUAUGACCAGUAAUCCUGGUAAUCCUGUCUAUUCAGCACCUGAAGCAGGGAAUCCAAGGGAACACUCUCCUUCAAUGGAUGUGUUCAGUUAUGGUGUCCUCCUUCUAGAGAUGAUAACACGACGUAUUCCUCUACCAAAAGAGAGAGUAGGUCUAAUUGAUGGUAUUAGAAGAGCUUCGUUUAGGUCUCUUGUUGAACGCUGCCUGAUAGUUGAGUAUAGACACCGUCCAACAAUGAAUGAUAUUAUAACUGAACUAAAUGACACUGUUGGUUAGUUGUGCUUGAUUUAUAUUAGCUGUUAUUACACAACACAAUGGCUGUGUAUAGACACUGUGUGGGUACUCAAUAUGUAAA